UUCCAUUAUUUCCCUUACCUCCCCUGGGAGCUGCGUGCUCGAGUCUGGGAACUUUCUGCUGAGCCCCGCGUAGUCCACGUUCGCACGGUGGAGUAUGAUGGAAACCCGUUGUCGGAUGCGUCUGCCGGCAAGAAGCAACACAAGGCGGUUAUUUCCCUUACCCCCAUACCAGCAAUGCUCCAAGUGUGUCGCGAGUCACGUAACCUCGGAGUGUACCGACAGUGCUUUUCUGAGCUCCAACGCACCCCCGAAUUUGUCUCCAAAGCUAGUUCGAUGCGAUACAUCUGGUCGAACCUCGAUCUCGAUAUCAUCGACAUUGGGCCGCGGGACCUUCGCGAUUUAAAGUUGGUAGCCCAAACUACUAAGCGGCUCAAGUUGGAGCGC